AAAUUUACUCCACUCGCGCCUUUUGCUUUCGCCUCUUCGGAAUGGCUGCAAGUUCCAAAAGAAUUUUGGCUAAACUAGGAGAAUCCAGCAGUGUUCUGAAAGAUUCAUUGUACAUUAUCAAUAGAAAUCCGCGCAAUCUCGAAAGACUCCGAUUAGCCCGUAAAACUGAUGGUUAUCACUUAGAAAAACCGACUCGCAGUUUCUGGCACAGGUUGGAUAUAAUUCCCAGCAAUAAAUACGUCACUGCACGUUUAGUUCAUUUCCAAAAUGGAACUAUCGUUGAGUGCAGCACAAUGGAAUGGGCUUUGAAAAGACAUCUGUACAAAGCAAAUGACUAUACGGCGUACACAAAUUUGGCCCGAGUCUUCGCAGCGCGCUGCGCGGAAGUUGGGCUAACAGAAAUGCGUUGUGAUCUCAAAGCAGUCCCUGGUGGAAAGAUAGCAUCUUUUUUGAGGAUUGUCGAGGAAUCUGGAAUCAACCUCAAAGAACCUGAGCGCAUACGUCCUAACUAUUCGUGGGAAAUGCAUCGGCACGUGAAGCCGUGGGAAGUAACGGAGUAGUGGAGGUUUUGCUUUGUUUGAGCUACGCUUUAUUUCCAAUAAAUAGUAACCAAGUCAUCGCCAGGUUUUACUGCUCGUA